AUGAGGACCUCCCUCGCCAAAGCCCGAGUCGCAACCGUGAAGCUAACAUCGAUACUGCGUCUCGAGCUACAAGCCGCCGUGAUGAGCAGCCGCAUGGCCGCGGCCGUCAUGGAAAAACACUAUAGAAAGCCAGACACGAGAGUGUUCUGGACCGACAGCGCCACCAUAGAAGAGAACAGCACUGUGGAGGAAUGGCGCUGGUUCGUCGACCUAUGCCGCAGAAGUCGCGAGCGCACUUAUCACAAGAGGACCAGGCGGAACCCGCGUUCGGACCCGACGUGGGAGAAGAAUAGAAAGAAGACGACUUCGAAGACCCCGCUGAACACACCGCGGACGCCAGAGCAAGCAGUCAUUCAAUGGAAGACUAUAGACGCCGACACGCUUCGACGCGCCGAGAUGCUCAUUUGGCGACAGAGCCAGCGGGCAGCCUUCGAGGAAGAGAUUUUGACGCUCCAGCGAGGGAAACAAGACACACCACCGCGUCCAGCCACGGGCGACCACCCACCAAGCAGACUGGCACACCAUCGGCGACCAUUCACAUACGUGGGCCUCGAUUACUUCGGGCCCUACCAAGUUACCACCGGCAGAAGCACCCAGAAGCACUACGUGGCCAUCUUCACAUGUCUCACUACGCGUGCGAUACAUUUAGAACCGGCAGCAAGCCUCAGCACGGACUCAGCAGUGAUGGCACUCCGGCGCAUGAUCGCGCGCCGGGGAGCCCCGACGGAGAUAUGGAGCGACAACGGCACCAAUUUACGGGGUGCCGACAAGGAGCUGCGCCAAGCUAUGGACAAGGCGACUGAGCAUGAAGCGAGCUUAAGAAUUAUCCAAUGGCGCUUCAUCCCACCGGGCGCGCCUUUCAUGGGCGGCGCCUGGGAGAGAAUGGUGCGGGCGGUAAAGGCCGCGCUCUCGGCCACGGAGCAGCCGAGGCACCCGACGCCCGAAAUAUUUCACACUCUGCUAGCGGAGGCAGAGUUCACAGUGAACAGCCGACCUCUCACCCAUGUAUCGGUGAGCGCCGACGAUCCCGACCCUCUGACACCGAACCACUUCCUGCUAGGAGGCCCGGCGCGAGUCCCCGUGCCGGGCAAGUUUGACGACGCCGACCUCAUAGGGCGCGCACACUGGCGCGCAGCACAACGUCUGGCAGAUGUGUUCUGGAGUCGCUGGCUCCGGGAAUAA